AUGGCAACCCGCUCCAGGACGUCCUCUCGAGCCCAAUCCCCUUUCAAUCAGGGAUACUUGGAACCCCAACUUCCGCCAACCGCCGCUCUCGAGCUUGGCAAAGUAUCCCUCGAGCGCGUCACAUGCCUCCUCCUUGGCCUCCUCAGCCACGUUGAACGUCUCGAGAGGGACAUUGUCAAAAUCAAGGAAGCAGGGGUCGAAACAAGGACCAACGUCAAGAACAUUUCCCAAACUCUCCACGGGCCCCGUACCCCUGAAGGCCCUCAACCAAAAGCCGUGGAAGAAACGCCAUGCCCCUUACCAAAAACCAAACCUAUUGGAUUGGUUAUACCCCCGCGAGUCCCUUCUCCCCCUCCAUCUCCGCGUCUCCGAUCCCCCAUCGGAGCACCUGCCCCUCCUCCUCCAGCUCCAGUUGCCACCUAUCCCGCCCCGGUCAAAGUAGACCACCCAGAUGCCUAUACAGGCAAGAUUGGGAGCGAAGCCAAGCAGUGGCUUACUAGGAUGCUGGCCUGGACCCGGCUCAACUCCUGCAUGUUCCCCACUGACCAGGAGGUACUAUCCUUCCUCCUGAUGAACAUGAAGGACUCCGCUGGGGCCUGGGCCCACCCACACCUCGACCAGUUAGGGUCACACCGAGCUAUCAUCCAAACGGUCAAAGGGUUCAAAAUGGAGUUUCUGGCAGCAUUUGGCGACCCUGAUGCCACCAGGGCCGCCGAGCGGAAAAUCACCACACUCACCCAGUCCGGCACAUGCGCGGACUAUAUUACAAAGUUUAGGACCUUAGCCAUGGAACUAGACUGGAACGACGCGGCCCUUAGAGGCCAGUUUGCCCGUGGCCUCCAUUGGGAGGUCAGCCGCCAGAUUGCUACCCGCGAAAAUCGCCCCCGCACCCUUCUUGAGCUGCAGAACGCAGCACUCGUCAUCGACAACGCUCUCCGUGAAGAGCGCGCUAGCCACCCGCCGAGGGAUAAUAAGCCUAGCAGACAAUCCAACCCCACAAGGGGGACAAGUACUGGCCAAUCUGCGACCGGUUCGAAGAAACUCUCCAACGACCCUAACUUUGUGUCAGAAGAGGAACGCAAUCGCCGCCGCGCCGCUGGCGCCUGCAUCAAAUGCGGCAAAAUGGGCCACAAAUUUGCGGAAUGCCAAACGGGUUGGAAAGCCGCCCCCAUUGAGGAUAAGGGGAAGGCUAAGGAAACCGCCAAGAUUGGCAAAGACUCUGAGUACCAAUCGGGAAAAGAAAAUAAACCCCUCUUUACAAUUCAAAUUGAACCAGAGAAACAAGCGGAAACUGUAGAAGUCCUGAUAGACUCAGGCGCGACCUCCUCAUUCCUUCACCCCCGCACCGUGGAAUUACUCCGCCUACCCCUUAUAGACCUUCCUCAACCACGUACCGUAACUAUGCUCGAUGGGUCGAGCCCCCAGGCUGGAAAGAUUUGGAAAAAGGCCCACCUAACCUUCCUAUUUGACGGCAAACGCAUGACAGAGACCUUCCUGAUUUGCAACACCGGAUCACACGCCGCCAUCUUAGGAAUCAAAUGGCUAGAAGCCCAUAACCCUGAGAUCGACUGGAAUUCCCGCACCCUCUCAUUCCCUCACGCGCCACCGGAACACGCAACUAUUGCUGAAGAGGAAGAAGCAGACAAGAACCCCCUUGAAGGAGUACCUCCCAAGUACCACCAAUACGCUAAAGUAUUUGGGGAAGAAGAAUUCAACAAGCUUCCCCCGCACAGGCAUUACAACAUUGCCAUCAAACUCACGGAAGAAGGUCCACUUAAUUCCCCGUUAUACAGCAUGACUGAUGCCAAGUCCGCCACACUCAAGGACUGGCUCAGGGACGAACUCAAGGCUGGAAAAAUCCGCCCCAGUAAAUCGUCAAUUAGCUCCCCAGUCAUGUUUGUUCCCAAAAAAGAUGGCUCCCGUUGCCUAGUAGUUGACUACUGUUGCCUCAAUAACCGGACUAAGAAAAACGUGUACCCCUUACCCCGUCCCAACGAUCUCAUGGCCCAGCUCCGUGGUGCCAAGGUAUUUACUAAACUGGAUCUGCAAUGGGGUUACAACAAUGUCCGGGUUAAGGAAGGUGAUGAGUGGAAAACAGCCUUUCGCACCAAGUAUGGUUUAUACAAGUCCUUGGUAAUGACUUUUGGCUUGACAAACGCCCCUGCCGCCUUCCAGCACUUCAUGAACGAACUGUUCAAGGACUUAUUGGAUGUAUGCGUCAUCAUCUACCUCAAUGACAUCCUCAUUUACUCCAAGGAUGACGCUUCACACACUCAGCACGUCCAUGAAGUCUUACGGCGCCUUAUGGAAAAUCAACUAUUCUGUAAAGCCUCGAAGUGCACCUUCCACGUGACAUCUGUGGAAUACCUGGGUAUUAUAGUCUUGGAUAAAGGCUUCAGCUUGGAUAAACUCAAGAUCCAGGCUGUCCGGGAAUGGCCUACUCCCACCAAAGUCAAAGAGGUACAAUCAUUCCUGGGAUUCGCCAACUUCCUCCGUUGGUUCGUUGCCAAUUUCAGCCACAUGGCUAGGCCGCUACACAACCUGGUCAAGAAGGACACCCCUUGGAAAUGGGAAACCAAGGAACAGGAAGCAUUCCAAGGGUUGAAAGAUGCCAUCACCAGCGCCCCGGUACUCUGCCACGCCGACCCAACCAAACCCUAUUUCCUAGAAACGGACGCCUCAGGAGCAGCACUAGGUUCCAUACUCAGCCAACGUCAGGAAGAUGGUCGUCUUCACCCGCUAGGCUUCCUAUCCGAGUCAUUCAAGGGAGCCGAGCAGAACUAUGACACCCAUGACAAGGAACUCUUAGCCAUCAUCCGCUCCUUUGAAUACUGGCGCAUCUUCUUGGAAGGAACCAUCCACCCUGUUACCGUAUUCACAGACCACCGCAACUUGGAGUACUGGAAGGAGUCCCAAACAUUCAAUUGUCGCCACGCUCGAUGGCACCUACUGUUAGCAGGGUAUAAUUUCCAAAUUGUCUACCGCCCAGGAAAGCAGUCCGGAAAGCCUGAUGCCCUUUCACGACGCGCUGAUCAUGCCAACAUUCCUCCCACCGCCCAGACCAUGCUCCCUGACCCCGUAUUUGCCAACGUAGCACUAGUGACCCCCGAAAAGGAACUCCAGCGCCAAAUUGAAAACAGCCUGGACCAAGACGAAUCCCUAGAGGAAAUAUUACAAUUCCUCCAAAAUGAGUCUAAGGCACCCCCGUCCAUCAAAAAGGCUUUCAAGGAUUACAAGAUGGAGGCCGGUCUGCUAUUUUACCAAGGGCGCAUUGUGGUCCCAGAUGUUGGCACCCUGAGGACGGAUUUGCUUUGCAUUUUCCAUGAUAGCCCAUUGGCCGGGCACCCGGGUAGACAACAAACAUUGGAACUGGUCUCUAGGGAUUACUAUUGGCCCGGAAUUCGCGCAGAUACUUACUGGCACGUAGAUUCCUGUGAAACCUGCCAACAAAUCCGCAAACCCAAGUAUGCUUCCAUUCCCCCGCAACCGUUAGAACUACCGUCUCGUCCCUGGCAGCACAUAUCCUACAACAUGAUUGUUGACCUACCAAAGGACGGAGCCUACAACUCAAUACUGGUCAUUGUGGACAGCUUCACCAAAUACGUAAUACUGGUGGAAUGUUCCAAGAAGUUAAAAGCUCCCGAAUUGGCAGAUCUUUUCCUACGACAUGUCUGGAAGAAAUACGGAAUGCCUGAGAAAACAAUAUCCAAUCGAGGAAGGGUCUUCAAUAACAAAUUCCUCAAGGCAUUGUACAAACGAUUGGGAAUAGACCCCCACUUCUCCUCAGCCUACCACCUGCAGAGCAAUGGACAAACAGAACGGGUAAACCCCACGGUUGAGCACUUCCUAAGGGCUUAUUCAGGGAUCAACCAAAGGGAUUGGGUCAAAUGGUUACCAAUGGCAGAAUUUGCAUACAACAACGCGGUACAUAGUAGUACCGGCAAAUCUCCGUUCAAAGCACUACAUGGAUGGGAACCCUCACUCACUCCAAGCAACGUCCCUACUGAUGUCCCCGAGGCGGAUGACAUGGCCUCCCAGAUGGAAUCCCAAUGGCGGGAAAUAGAAGCAGCACUCCAGCAAUCAAAAACACGCAUGACAGCCGGAGAAACAGGAGAACCAAUCAGUUUUGAAGUAGGAGAGGAGGCCUGGCUAGACGCCAAGAACGUAAAACUAAAGACCCUGAGUCCCAAGUUAACGGAACAACAGCUAGGCCCCUUCAAAAUAACCGAAAAGAUCUCCGACCGUGCUUACCGCCUAGAACUCCCGCCAUCUAUGAGAAUCCAUAACGUCUUCUACGUGGGACUACUGUCAAAAGUAAAAAGGGACAAUAAACGCGCGUUUGAAAACCGGCCGCCCCCGGUCACCGUGGACGGAGAGGAAGAAUACGAAGUGGAAGGAAUCGUGGACAUGGAAAAUAGGAACAGAGAGUGGUUCUUUAGGGUUAAAUGGAAAGGCUAUGGAUCAGAGGAAAAUACCUGGGAACCAAGGGAAAACCUCAAAAACGCCAAAAAAAUCCUGAAAAAAUUUGAAAAGGAAAUGAAGGAAAAGGCCCUCGGCGCCGCCAAGGCCCUUAAAGGGGGGGCAGUGUCGUAG